AUGACCGCUGUCCGCAAACGCCUGGCGUGUGUCGAGUGCACCCGCCGUAAGAUCCGCUGCGACAAGGUCGUGCCCUGUCGGAAUUGCACGAGACGGGGGACACCAUGUACCCGGAGCAAAGAGAGCAAGAGCGACUCGCUGGUCGAGAGAUUACAGGCCCGAGUGCAGCAGCUUGAAGCGGCCGUACUGGAGCUAUCGCAACCACACUCACAGCCCCGAAAACCGUCCAUUACCCCCGCCCCAGACGAUACAGGUGAGCGAGACACAGAACCAGACGCGGAGAUCGGCGACGCAGCAACGAUCCUCGAAUUCCUGGCCUGGGGCCGUCGCAAGAACCCGGAUUACGGCGAUAGCAUGAACGUCCACUCGCCUGGCGAUGUGACGGCCGAGCCUGAUGGUCAGGGCAUGGGACGCCAAACCCUAAGUCCAGGGCCAGACAGGGCCUCGGCCGAGGCGUAUCUCCAGCUGUUGCUCCCUCGACGAGCACUCACUGAACGUCUCGUUGCUUUUCAUUAUCAUUCCGUGCUUUGGUACCACGGGUCGUACGACGGAAAUGAUUUUCAAGACGAGCUGGACGCCUUCUAUCGCAUCGCCCACGGUAACGUCGGUCACCACGUCGACCUCCAAUGGCUGGCUCUCCUUUUUGCAGUGCUCUGUGGUGCUCUAUCUUGCGCGCCUCGCCGGACCGCAGAGAGCUGGGGUAUUCGAGCAUGGGAACAGACAUCUCUGGCACAACGCUGGUUCAAGGCCGUCUCGACAUGUCUACAUCACGCAGACUUCACAGCAUGUCACUCACUUUACGCCAUACAGGCAGUCGGGACCCUCACAAUGUCGGCGCAUUUACUCGGCUUCUCCAACAGCCUCUCUGUUUUAAUUGCCUCCGCCGCUAGAAUCGGACAGUGUCUUGGUAUGCAGCAUCGAGAACUUGGCGGUGCGUGGCGCCAGCUCUGCAUCCAGGAUUGGUUCUCAAUCCCCUUCUUUGAGAGCUAUCUAAUCCCGCGGCCAAAGAGAAUCAACCCAGAUGAUGAAGGGACGGGAGAAGAUACGCCAACGCACGCCGCAUACAGCACCUUCUUCUACAAAGUCGCUGCGGUGAUGGCCUCGCUGCACAACAGCACAACGAGCACACAGACCCUCUACACGCGGUACGAGCAGGUCCUCGAGCACGAUCGCCAACUGCGCGUCCUCGCGACAACAGGUCUACCUGCCUUCCUGCAAAAUGUCCCCAUCGAGCCGGCGUGGCCAACAUACGUUCCCUGGGCGCGAAGAUGUCUAGCCAUAAGCCUCUCUCACAAAGUCAUCAUGAUCCAUCGGAAAUUCCUCGCGUUGAGUUUCCGCGAUCCAAUAUUUCUACGAACCAGACGGACGUGCGUUGCGGCUGCAAGAACGAUCAUCAAGGAGCAGAAGGAGGCUAGGGCAGACGCAGACGCAGACGCAGGUGUGCCUGUGCUGUGGAUUAUGCAGGCUUUUGGGGUUACGGCUGGUAUAAUCCUCUGUCUCGACCUCUUCCACCGACCCCGGAGUGCAGAUGCAGACAGCGAAGCAACAUACCACCGCCAACUCAUCAACGACGCGCUCAAAAUGCUAGCCGACGGGCCGGCGAAUAUGAUUGCGAAGCGGGGGGUGCAUCUGCUCGAGGCGCUUCUUGCGAGGGAGCCCAGGGCGUCGAAUGAGCUUGAUUUGGGUGCUAUUGUGAAGGGGGUUUGCGAGCAGACUUCUCCCUGUGCGGCUACGUCAGUAUCCCCUUCAUUGGUCAGGAAUAGGGAAAGGCUCAGAGAAGACGGGGAUAGUAUGACUUGGCCUCCAGCCAUUGGGUCCUCGCCGGGCUAUGGGAAUGGACUGCGUCGUGAGUUGCAUGUCGGGACAGGAUAUACGGAGGAGAAGGAGACGCUGGAGGGGAUACUGUCGCUUGCGGCGAGCUAUAUCUAG